GUUUACGAUGCUGCUGUGAGGUGGUUAAAGUAUGAUGAACCAAAUCGGCAACCAUACAUGGUGGACAUCCUUGCCAAAGUCAGAUUUCCUCUGAUCUCCAAGAACUUUCUAAGCAAGACCGUGCAGGCUGAGCCUUUGAUACAAGACAAUCCAGAAUGUCUAAAGAUGGUGAUCAGUGGUAUGCGUUAUCACCUUCUCUCUCCAGAAGAUAGGGAAGAGCUUGUGGAUGGCACAAGGCCACGGAGAAAGAAACAUGACUAUCGAAUCGCUUUAUUUGGCGGCUCACAGCCUCAAUCCUGUAGAUACUUUAACCCAAAAGAUUAUAAUUGGACAGAUAUCCGGUGUCCAUUUGAGAAGCGCAGGGAUGCAGCCUGUGUGUUCUGGGACAAUGUGGUCUAUAUUUUAGGUGGCUCUCAACUCUUUCCUAUUAAGAGAAUGGACUGCUACAAUGUUGUAAAGGACUCCUGGUACUCUAAAUUGGGGCCACCAACACCGCGAGACAGCCUGGCUGCAUGCGCCGCUGAAGGCAAAAUUUACACAUCCGGGGGUUCAGAAGUAGGAAACUCUGCUCUCUACUUAUUUGAAUGUUAUGAUACCAGGACAGAAAGCUGGCACACAAAGCCCAGUAUGCUUACCCAGCGCUGCAGUCAUGGCAUGGUGGAGGCCAAUGGGUUGAUCUAUGUGUGUGGAGGCAGUUUGGGGAACAAUGUAUCUGGUCGAGUGCUGAACUGCUGUGAGGUGUAUGAUCCGACAACAGAAACGUGGACCGAACUGUGCCCAAUGAUUGAAGCACGGAAAAACCAUGGACUGGUCUUUGUGAGAGACAAAAUAUUUGCCAUUGGGGGACAGAAUGGUUUAGGUGGCCUGGACAGCGUUGAGUACUACGAUAUAAAACUUAAUGAAUGGAAGAUGGUGUCUCCAAUGCCGUGGAAAGGUGUGACUGUGAAAUGUGCAGCAGUGGGCUCAGUGAUUUACGUACUGGCUGGCUUCCAAGGAGUGGGCCGUUUAGGACAUAUACUAGAGUACAACACAGAGACGGACAAGUGGGUCGCCAACUCUAAAGUGCGAGCAUUCCCUGUGACCAGCUGCCUAAUAUGUGUUGUGGACACAUGCGGGGCAAAUGAAGAGACGCUGGAAACAUGAAGAUUUUGUCAUGUGGAAUGAAUGUUCUUUCCAGUAACCCCAGUACCUGACUUUGUCUUUUUCUAUUUAUGGGCUUACCAUUUCAUGAUGUUCCAUAUUACAGAGGAUAGGUAAAGACAGGGUGGUUGAAAAACUAUGGACUGCGACUUAUCCACUGUCUCCCAGACUUGCUUCUUGGCCCUAAUCUGCUCCUGUACUCCCAGGAGUUUAAAAAUGUGGAGCAACGCACAGUUUGCUAGUAUAAAAAAA